GUUUCCGUGGCAGCAUCUCACAGCUACAUCACACCCUCUCACAGGUGUUCACAAGAACGCCUGAACAACACAGAAGGAGGAUCUUUAAAGGUUUGUUGGCAAAUCCGUGGACUCGCUAUUUCAGAGUCAUCAGACGAAGAGCCAGCAUGUCGAUGGGCAUGGAGAUCGUGGGCAUCGCCCUUGGAGUCAUUGGUUUCAUCAUUGCAAUAGUGACGUGCGCCCUGCCCAUGUGGAAGGUGACGGCGUUCAUCGGAGCCAACAUCAUCACUUCUCAGAGCAUCUGGCAGGGUUUGUGGAUGAACUGUGUCACCCAGAGCACCGGCCAGAUGCAGUGCAAGAUCUACGAUUCAAUGCUGGCCUUGCCUCAAGAGCUGCAGGCCUCCAGAGCCAUGAUGAUCAUCGCCAUCAUACUUGGGGUGCUGGGGGUCAUGAUCUCCAUCGUCGGCGCCAAGUGCACCAACUGCAUCGAAGACGAGGCGUCCAAGGCCAAAGUGAUGAUCAUCGCUGGAAUCUUUUUUGUCCUCGGCGGCCUUUUGGUCCUCAUCCCCGUCUCCUGGACAGCAAGCGUCAUCAUCCGGGAUUUCUACAACCCCCUCCUGACCGACGCACAGAGGAGGGAGCUCGGGGCAGCGCUCUACAUCGGCUGGGGAGCGGCCGCCCUGCUACUGAUCGGUGGCGCCAUGCUGUGCAGCAGCUGCCCGCCAAAAGAGAAGCAGUACAAGCCGCCCCGGAUGGCCUACUCCGCCCCGCGCAGCGCCAGUGCAGGCGCAGGGUACGACAGGAAAGACUAUGUUUGAACGGAAGAUUUGGAAAGUAGGAUGAAAUGUUUGUUGCACAUGAGUGUUUUUGUGUGUCAGUGUGUGUAUUUUGCUGUCUGAAACCACAGGGCGAAUCGCCAUGAAAAGACUCCGAGAUGAAGAUGUGUGCAUGUGUGUUCAGUUUGGUUGAACUGUUCAUUUUUAUAACUUUUAAUACCUUUGCUCUGCUAUAAUCCAGCAGGUGUGCCUUGUUAAAGUGGCUCCCAUUUUCAGUGUAUGAACAUGGGAGCCUGUUUUACAGUAAAACAUAACUUUAUUCUUUUGAAAGGUCAAACUGCGUUCCUCUGACAUGUUGUAUUUAUACUCAAACUUCUGUGGCAUUAUGUGAAUCUGAAAACAUCUGCUUCUUGUGUGUGUCGCUCUAUCAUUAGCCGUUGGCCUGCUGGUGUCGUGUUUCACUGAAACUUUCAGUUAAAAUACUGUGUGUCACUGACAAUGACAAGGAAAAGCCAGCUCUCAUUUUACAUGGUUUUGGCUGUGUGAUUGUUCAGUGUGUGUGUGUGUGUGUGUGUGUGUGUGCGUGUGUGUGUGUGUGUGUGUGUGUGUGUGUGUGUGUGUUUUGCAUGUAAUAUUUGCUUAGGAGAGUUUCUGCUGAGACUGAAACUAAAGAUGGAUCCAUGAUACGGCCCCAGGUAACAACUUUAUCUUCUUCCUCAAACAGUUUCACAGUUUCACUGUUUGAGGUCAUAGAAGAGACUGUUUCAGUUGCCACACAAAGACUUUAUAUGUGUCCAUAUGUGUGAGUUUAUAUAUAUUUCUGUAAUAAAAUGUAUUUGUAAUGUAUUUUAACAUCACAUACUCAACUGUGUCUGUGUUUCAAAUAGAUUUCUAUUGUUUCUUUUUUUUAUCUUAUUUUUGUAUAUUUUAUAUCUAUCAUAAGCAACAGCCUGCAUGGCCCUCUGUAUGUCAAACAAAGAGCCAAAGGACCUCUGUAGAUUCGUGUGUGCGUGUGUGUGCGUGGGUGUGUGUGUGUGUGUGUUAUAGGAUGUUUGUUUCCACAUCAGCAGGAUGUGUUUGUGUGUAUAAAUUAAAUAUUUCACAUUUUUAAAUUGUUUAAAAAACAGAUUCACAAAUUAAAUUGCUUUAAAUGUUUUUGUAGUAGUGCUUGAAUUUCAAAUGUGUUAAAGAUUUCAAUAAAAGUCAAAC